AUGAGAUUCUUAAAUUACCUGAACAAUACUUAUCGGCCUCGAAAGAUCUUGUGCGUGUCCAAAUUGACCUCGUUGGAGUACCUGCGAUCCCAGAAUUCCGAUCUGAACGUGGAUCAAAUAUUGUCGAAGAUGAAGGGAGAGGGCCAGAAUCCGGAUGAUAUCCUCGCCGAGCAUCAACGACAGAUUGCUUGCGAGCAAAAUCUGAUAUCGGUCCUCAACAAGCUCGACAUCAGUUUUCGUAUCACGAAAAGAUUGGGAAUCGCGUCGAGAUUCAUGAAUUGGGCAGACUUGGUGGUCACGAUAGGCGGGGACGGCAUGUUCCUUCUAGCCUCGAAAUUAAUUACGAACAACACGAAGCCCGUAUGCGGGAUUAAUCCAAAUAUCUCGAAGAAGAACACUUUCACGCUCCCUUCGAAGUACGUGACAGAUAUCGAGAGCAUAUUCGAGAAACUGUACAGAGGAGACUACGAUACAUUGAUGAGGAGUCGUAUAAAAACGAUAAUGGUCGGGGAGGGACUUUUUAGACGACCCUUUCAUAUACACGAGAAGAGCCGCGAGUUCGGGGAGAAAAGACACAAAGUUCUUACACGAUCGAUACAAAGGAAAAUAGAGGACUCCCUUCAACCCCGUGAGAGGACCUUACCUUGGCUGGCGUUAAACGAAGUGUUUAUAGGGGAAUUUUUGGCAGCAAGGCCAAUUACAUUGCUCCUUGAUAUCGAGGAACAAAAAUCGUACAAAAUUCGAUGUUCAGGUAUGUGCAUUUGCACAGGCACGGGUUCCCGAUUUUGGUAUAAAGCUAUAAACAUACAGUCGCCUGAAACUGUUGAAAAAAUCGUGGAAAUUGCAACCGGCCAAAAGCUAAGCCGCCGGGAAAUUUACAAAAUACUGAACAAAUAUCAUCGAGCUCUCAUCUAUUCUGAAGAGGAUUUAAACAUGACGUACAUGAUCCGCGAGAUGUAUCACAAUUCACGUUGCGAGAGAAACAAUUGCCCGAGCAAACAAAAAUGCAACAAACUUUCCGUGAAGUCUUCUGGCUUUGAUGCUGGCAUCAUGAUAGACGGAAGCAUCUCUAUGCCUUUCAACGAUGGGGUUGUCGCCACUUUCGAAAUCAAACCUGAAUAUUCGUUGAAAACCAUCAUUCUCACAUGA